GCUAGCCACCGCUGGAAAGUGGAAAAUAAGGUUGUGUUUUAUCUCUGUCGUGCGGGCGUGAACGACGAGAGCGCAAACGAGACGGGCGUCCAUACUUACGGCCAUCAAUUCAUAACCAUCUUUCUUUCUUGUGCAACUAUUUCUCGUCGGCCGUGUUCUAGGAUCUAGUUCGAAAUAAGGAUGGACGCCAUUCACGCGAGAUAGUUUUCGUCGAUAGAGAAUUCGGUGCGAGAAUCAGUGGCAGGUCCGGGGUAUGCUAUAUGUGUGACUGGUGCGUCAGGUUGGCCUCGGUGCGGUGUAGAGUGUGUGGAGAGUGCAGAACGUGCAAAGCUACAAAAGCUCGGCGUCUCGUCGAGCUGAGCGGGCCGAGACUUGAGGUAUGGCGGGCGCGAGCUGAUCGGGCGGUCGCGGCGUCCGCUCGCGCUCCGCCGGCCCCAUGCGAGCGCCGGAGGUUUUAUGGGUAUCUGCGUGAGCUGCCGGCGCCGCGAGCGAAAGGCACCCGAGAAACGUUGGGUGCCGGGAGCGGGCGGUCCUAAGGGCGCGGCGGCAGAGUUGCUACCGCGACGCUUCGCCUUGACAGCCAUGGCCAACUCCAUAUCCAACAUCAAGAUGACCAACCCCCUGAAGGGUAUAGUGAGCAAGCGCCGAAAACGUUACAUGAAGGACGGCUUCAAUUUGGACUUAGCGUAUAUAACAGACAGGCUGAUAGCCAUGGGCUUCCCUGCUGAGAAGUUAGAAGGCGUCUACAGGAAUCACAUCGACGAGGUCUACCGGUUUCUGGAGCAGAUGCACAAGGACCACUACUUCAUAUACAAUCUAUGCACGGAGAGAUCGUACGACGCAGCCAAGUUUCACAAGAGGGUGGAGAGGUUCGCGUUCGAGGACCACGCGCCGCCUAAGAUGGAGCAGAUCCAGCCGUUCUGCGAGAGCGUCCACAACUGGCUGAGCCAGGACGCCCGGAACAUCGCCGUCGUGCACUGCAAAGCGGGCAAGGGCCGAACUGGCACGAUGGUGUGCUGCUAUCUGCUGUACAGCGGACAGAAGGCGACGGCGGACGAGGCCCUCCAGUUCUACGGGACGAAACGGACGUACGAUCAGAAAGGCGUGACGAUACCGUCCCAGCGGCGGUACGUGGAGUACUACGCGGCGCUGGUGCGCACGAGCCUGCGGUACACGCCCACGCGGGUCCACAUCCGCGAGCUGCUCAUGACGCCGCCGCCCAUGCUCAACGGCGGGCAGUGCGCGCUAGAGGUCACCGUCACCCAGGCGCUGCCCCAGCACAAGUGGUCGUUGGGGUGCGUGGAGGCGCGGCGCGAGGAGGGCGGGGCGGCGCGCGUGUGUGCGGCCGCGUGCACGCCGCUGGCGGGCGACGUGCGGGUCGACGUGUUCUGUAAACCCAAGAUGAUGAAGCGCAAGGAGCGCCUGUUCCACUUCUGGUUCAACACGUUCUUCGUCAGCGCGGCGGUCGGCGCGCAGCCCGUGCCCGCGCCAGUAGACAGUCCUAAUCUAGAGACGUUCAAGCUGACGCUCAGCAAAUGGCAGCUGGACGACGCACACAAAGACAAGCAACACAAAAUAUUCACGCCAGACUUUAAAGUGGAACUAAUAGUUCAGAAGCAGCCGGCGUCGUCGACAUUCGGCGGUCGCGCGGCGGGCUCGCCCGACCCGCCGUCCUCGACCGACAGCUGUUCCGAGCCCGACACCGAGCCCGACGCCACGUGGGACUCCGGCGCUGGCUGCGAGCGCGUGGGCCGCUACCGUCCGUUGUCGCCAGACACGAACAACACGUGAAUCCACAUACUUGUGAGGGUGGCACGUGGGAUCAGCACACUUCCAUACAUAAACCCCCGCUUAACUCCCGAACAUUCUUCCCCGGAGUCUUAGUGGCUAAGACUAAGACUUAGUGACGUUGCUAAACGAUUAGUGUUGUGUGUGUAAUGUAGAUGGGUUGUGCCAUUGCCCGGACUUAUUGUGAUAGUGAGUGGACUGAGUCAACACUGCAGUAUGCUGGAGCCUGGAGCCUCCAAGUGGAACACUUGCUAAACUGGUUAUAUAACAUACCAUAGACAUGACAUGCAUUGAACCAAGUUGUGAUCGCUUAUUGGAGGAAGUUUGUUAACAAAAAUGCCUCAUGCGUUCUUGAUAACAAAAAGCUUUGCUAAGUGACAUGCCUGAUGUCAUUUGCGACGACUACUGUUAAAUCAAGAAGAAAUUAUUUCGACGGCGAAUUCGCAUACAAUAUGUAUGGGAUUUGACAUCCGGCAUUUCAGUUGGUGAUGAAAUCGAAUUUCAAAUCUCAUACAUUGUUAGAUUUCGAUUUCGAUAGUCGAAAUUUUCAAAAUACAUAUUUUCCUUCACAUCUAAUGAUGAUAAUGCAGAUGCUAUUGUAUGUUUGUCGCAAAUCGUUCAGGAAUCGUUCCACAUUGGAAAAUUAACGAACUUUGAAACAUACUGUAUGUGUUUGUGGUCACAAGAUAUUGUCUAUUACGUAAUUUAAAGUAAAUCUUACGACUGAACGAGCAAAAUGAUUUUCUUUUCAGUUAAUUUUUUAUCUGUGCUAAGUGUCGCUUCGAGAGGUUUGUCUUGUUUAUCGGAGAAUCGUUUUUAAACUUGACUUUUCUUUACUGAACUCGCUCACGAUUUCUCGCAUUUUAUGGUCACCCGUCAAGUCGAGUUUAAAAUGAUGUUCCAAUUUUAAAUAUAUAUAUUUUGUUAGUGAAAACGGCCAGUGUCAUCGACUCAAAAGUCGUUUAUUUUAAUAGGUGUGUCUGGACUCCGGAUAACAUUGACAAUAUUCCAUGUAGGAAAUUGUAAAUCACACAAAAAUCCCACCCUUUGAUAUUUAAAAAUAGAAUCAUAAAUAGAAGGUAAAGUAGCGUUUUGGAAAUUGUUGGUACGGUACGAGCAAUCUAGCGCUGGAGUUGGUGUAAAAUCUGUCAAUCUGUCUGUCCCUCUCUAGAAUCACCCGCCUCUUUCUGUAAUGCUUUAAAAUAUUUUGUUAUCGCCUGUAUAUUGUAUACUAAUAUAUUUUUAAUGAUUGUACUAAAUAUUCUUCUAAUGCAAGAUUUUUACAUCGUUUUAGUUAGAUUCUUGGAAUUUGAGAGUACAAAACGCGUACAUUUAGCAACUCGGCUGAUUUGGUUUAGUUUACUUGUUUAUCGCCAUUGGAGUAUAGUAAAGCUACGAUUAGUUGAGCUGUUAAUGAUUUUUCUAAAUAAAUUCUCUGUUUUCUUAUUCGUCUGUGAAAAAAGGUCCAUAGACUACUAAUUACUUUUUAAGCGUUUCAUUUAAUACCAUCAAUCUUAACUAAGAGGUAAUAACAAAUGCUACAAAAAUAUCCUUUUUAACUUUUUCUAAUGCAGAUAGAUCUAAAAGAAGUACAUUUAUUAACUGUCUUCUGUUUAAAAAUAAUGCAAUUAACAUUUAAAUAUUACUACAGGCUUAAUUAUUUUAACUAUUACCAAUUGAGGCUUUACUAUACUCUGGGAAAUGAAUAAUUUUAAAGAAAUACAUGCCGUCAGGAGAGGCAUAUAUCCCACCUAGUAACUUAUGUGCGUUGCAUUAUUUUACUAUAGAUUUAAAUCAAAAUAAUUAUAGAAUUCAGAAUUAUAGAAAAACUCGACUGUUUUAUCUACUACAUCCUACGAAUAAUAAAAACUAAGGAAAAGUAACUCCAUCAAAAAACAU